AUGGGAAAUCAGAAUCAUCAGCAUCAGCAUCAGGUGGUGAAAGUGAGGAGAGAAACGAUUGCAGCAUGCAUGACAUGUCCUCUCUGCAAUAAGUUACUUCGAGAUGCCACUACCAUAUCUGAAUGUCUACAUACGUUCUGCAGGAAGUGUAUAUAUCAGAGGAUAUCGGAUGAAGGAUUAGAUAGCUGCCCGAUAUGCAAUAUCAAUCUGGGUUGUAUUCCAUUGGAAAAAUUAAGGCCAGAUCACAACUUGCAAGAUGUGAGGUCCAAGAUUUUUCCAUACAAAAGAAGAAAGGUAGAGGCACCUGAAGUUGCCGAGUCAGUUACAUUACCAGUAACUAGAAGAAAGGAGAGGUCACUCUCAUCAUUGGUAGUCAGCACUCCUAAAGUUUCCACACAGACUAGUACAACAGGAAGAAGAACGAAACCUUUUCCAAGAAAGGCUCAUCCUUUACGAGGUUCCAGUUUUCCAAUUGAGAAACCCAUUAAAAAGGAACACGAUCCUGUUGAAGAUAGUCCAGAGAGCUCAAGUUCACCUGAAACUCCAAAAAAAUUCAAUCAGAAUACACGGCAGAAUUCUUCCUCUGCUGAACCUAGCCAACCUGCUCCUGAUGAUGAAGCCGAGAAUGGGGCCGAACCAAGGGAUGGGAAAUCAGAUCUCUGGCAACCUUUAAAUUUUUUGGUGGAAGUUGCAAACAGAACCAAGUCAUUCAAGUCUAGUCCACAAGUUAAUGAUGCUAAAUUAGAAUCUCGACCUGUCCGUGCCAGUGAACCGCAAGUUCUUAAAACAAAAUUUAAGGGAAACAAAGACAAAUCAAAAGUAAAGGAUGAAAAGAGUAAUAUCGAUAAUAUCUCUGAGGGACCAGUGGAACGAAAAAGGUUGCGCAGGAUUCGUCGAAAAAAGGCAGCCUUUGAUGACGUUUCAGGCAUUUCGUCCCCUGCUGUGCUGGACACUGCUGCUGCAAAGCAAGAAAGAAGAAGUGGUCCUGUUUGGUUUUCACUGUUGGCUUCUGAAGAGCAGGAAGGAUAUGCACCCUUGCCACAAAUUCCUUCAAGUUAUUUAAGGCUAAAGGAUGGAAACGUACCUGUUUCUUUCAUCCAGAAGUACUUGAUGAAGAAGCUAGACCUCACUAGUGAAGCUGAGGUUGAGAUCAGAUGCAUGGGAAGACCAGUUAUCCCUACACUACUAUUAUGUAAUUUAGUUGAUCAGUGGCUACAGACAGCACCAAAGUCGGAACAAGUACCAGUAUCUGCUGGUUCCUCGGCAAAGGAUUUUGUGAUGGUGCUGGCCUAUGCUCGAAAGGUCCCAAGCUCAUAA